AGCGGCAGCAGGACUCGGCCUGGCGGCCAGGAGGAGGAGCUGACUCUGGGCGGCGGGCAGCCCCACGUGGAUCCCUGCUCCGGCUCCUCCUGGCUUCCUCUUCCGUCCGGCCCGGAGCCUGUGGCGGGGGACGGGGCCAGGCAGGAGCCUUCUCCACUUUCAGCGAGCCCCCGCGCUCGCGGCUCCGCUCGGCCGGGCGGGGAUGAGCCCGGCGGCCGGCUGCCCGCUGUAGCUGGCGGCAGGGGGCGGCCCGGGAUGCGGGCGCAGAGCCGAGGCUGCUGAGCUCCGGGCGCAGGCUGCCCGCAGGAUGAAGCCCGACGGGAAGGUGGUGCUGCUGGGGGACAUGAACGUGGGCAAGACCUCCCUGCUGCACCGCUACAUGGAGAGGCGCUUCCAGGACGCGACCAGCACGGUCGGGGGCGCCUUCUACCUCAAACAGUGGGGGCCCUACAACAUCUCCAUCUGGGACACGGCAGGACGGGAGCAAUUUCAUGGCCUUGGUUCUAUGUACUGUAGAGGAGCAGCUGCUGUUAUCCUUACAUAUGAUGUGAACAACUUGCAAAGCCUGAUAGAACUGGAAGACCGAUUCUUGGCACUGACCGACACUGCUAGCACUGACUGUAUCUUUGCUAUUGUUGGAAACAAAGUUGACCUCACAAAUGAAUAUGCCUUAUUACUAGAAACAGAAGAUGAAAAUAGACCUGAAAAGCCUGUCACCAGUUGCAUCUCUACCAAGGUCCAAAAACAAGUCUACCUGGAUGAUGCUGUUGCACUCUACAAAAAGAUACUGAAAUACAAAAUGUUGGAUGAGAAGGAUGUUCCAGCAGCUGAGAAAAUGUGCUUUGAGACCAGUGCAAAAACAGGAUAUAAGGUGGACUACCUCUUUGAAACCGUAUUUGAUAUGGUAGUACCAAUAAUUUUACGGCAGCAAGCUGAGGGGCCACUACAAACUGUAGACAUAACCAAUUACAAGUCGGCAAAAAGGACAAAAUCUGGUUGUUGUGCCUAAAAUACUGAUGAUGUGGGGAGUGAGGGGAUAGUGCCUGUAUGUUGUGCUAGUGAUCAUGAAGUUAGAGAUGCUUAUAGUUUGAGCAGAAAAGGAAAAUCAAGGAAUAAAUGAUCUAGAAUGAAGUAUGUAGAACAACAAAUCUUUUGAAGUUUAAAGGGUUUUGGAAAGUCCAGUCUAAUUUAUUUAUAAAAACAAAAAUCUGAAUGGAAUCAUGGGGGAAGACUUGUAAAUUUCAUAGGGCCCUUGGGGUGGAGGAGAGAUUAUAAUGAAUGUACAGAAGUGGGAAUCUGUGCUAUGGUACUGUUUCCAUACAGAUUGGUACUGACAAUCAGUUAAGCACUCUCAAAGGAGUCCUGCUUUAUUUUUUAGAAUGCAUUAUUUUCUCCACAUUUAGUAUGCUACAUCUAAACUGUCACUGGAUGUAACUUUCACUUUUGUACUGGAUACGACUUUCACUUUAAAAAAAAAAUCAUUAAUUUUCUUUUGGGAAUAUUUAGAUGCUGGGUACUUUUUUAAGCUUUACACAUUAUUUUUUUUCCAGAAUAUAAAUUAUGUAGAAAAGUCACUAAUCAAGCAAUUCAAUUAUCCUUUUGUACCAAAUACCGCAAUAUAAGAUGUACUAUUAAAGUUACUAUGGAAAUGAA